AUUGAAAAAUGAACAGCUGAUUGAGUGCAGUGCAGCUGAUUCCUUUGACAACCUUUGAAUUCGGCAUCUUCAACUUUCUUCUAGAAAUUCUAUGGAAUUUAGUUCUCUACUCUACUUUAAUUUAUUAUAUAAUUUAUGAAUCAAUUCAAAAGUUCUUUUAUAAAAAUUACUGGAUUUGUAUCAUGUUUAGUUCAGGCGAGCUGUUUAGCUCAUUGUGCUCUGGAAUAUGGAGCAGACUUUGUUGUGUGCAGUGGACCGUCAAUGGAACCUACAAUACUUACAGAUAAUGUGAUCCUAUCUGAACAUGUGAGCCCCAGACUACGCACCAUAAAGCAAGGUGACAUUGUCAUAGCUAAAUCACCUGUCAAUCCCACGCAGUUCAUCUGUAAACGGGUAACUGGCCUGCCUGGGGAUAAAGUGAGAUCUACAUUCAACUAUAAUGUGGUCCCGGUGGGCCACGUGUGGUUGGAGGGAGACAACCGCGACAAUUCAUCAGACUCUCGAACUUUCGGACCCGUACCGGCUGCUCUGAUUCGAGGCAGAGUUCUGUGUCGUGUGUGGCCAAUCAGUGACAUUCAAAUGAUGACAUCUGGUCAAAUAGAAAAAGUCAAAUGAUAAUUAUUAAUACAAAUGAAUCAAAUUGUGACUCCUUGAAACGGUUUUGUUAUUUUAUAUCAUAGCUGAAAUAAAGUGUUUUACCUACUUCCAUCGUACUGUUUAUAUUUCAUGGGUUUGGUGCUCUAAAAUGUGUUUGACAGCGAUCAUUUUCUUAUAUUUUUCGUGAUGUAAAGAAGUUGAUGUGGUAGAUAUCCUUAACGAAUAAAAUUACUUGAAUUCACAGGCUUUGCCCAUGUAAGGGAACCU